CAGGACGCGCGACAGUGGACGGUCUGGUCGAUGAACUGUUAGCUGUGCAACCAGCCACGACAACAGGGUAUCACUCAACAGAGAUGACUACUGCCAUUCAUCUGCUUGGCCUGGAACUGACAUAUACAGAAAGCAGAGCUCAGGGCUUUUCUGCCAAGAUCCCCUCGUGUGUAUCAUCUUGACAAUCCAAGACAAACUCCUGGGGAGGUCUCUACCAUGACGGGUCAGCAGCAGUAGAUAAAAGGUCCAUAAUGGUUUGGGGUUAGAGGUUAACUGAAACCUCAUUACGACGGGCCCCCCCACCUGGCUCAACUUCCUGAAUUUGUUCGUCAUUCACCCCAUGCAACGUCUGUGAUCAACGCAUGAACUCGAGAGUUGUGAAACCACUGGAAAUUUGGAGCAGCGCCCCUUUCAUUGUUCCUCAUCCUGUGCCUCCCCCCCCCUCCUUCCCCUGCCAACUCCCCCCAAACUCUAAGCUCCUCCCCUGCAGAAAAGACACAUUUCCUGAUGUCAUUACUAAAUCAAAAUGCUGCUCGGCAAACAGAUGUUGUGAGAGGCCCAACAUGUGGAUCCAGUGAAAUAAAGCUGGUCAUGAGAAAACAUGAGCCGUGCAUUUGAUUUUUCAUUCAAUCAAUGAAACCAUCUCUGUCUCUCGCUGCUCUUUUAAAGUGGUGAGCGGUGACAGAGAAAAAUGUAGCUGGUGCACACUCGUGAACUCCUCGUGACAUAAAAAGAACAAAACAUUUCCCACACUUUUAGUGGAAAUAUCAGCCUCUAAACAGCUGGUCCAGCUGCGACUAACAACUUGUUCCAAGUUUGCUCAAAUUAACCUAAAUAUGAAAUCACGACUGUCUCCACUGCACACCCUGCAGUGUCAUGAUUACAUCCACUCCAAAAACGCAAAAGCCCUAAAUGUUUACUUAUGUUUCCUAUUUGGCAGAGGCGGCCCAAAAGGCAAAUAAAUCACAUGCUGUGAGCUGGCCAGGCCCUCGACUGUGAGAAACUGAGACUAAAAAGCAGAACAAGAGUGAAGGAGUAAGGGUUUUCAGAUGUGAGUCCAGCCCAGCUUGGGUGUGCUCCCUUUUUAUUUGGGAGAAUGGAGAGGACAAUCUCUGUUGCCUCCACCCCUUUAAAAAAAGGGAAGAAAAAUCCUAAAGAAACGUGCGUUGGAGAGGGGAAGCGCUGCUGCCAAGGCGCAGGGCCGUCAGACAGAUCUUCGGAGAACAUCUGGUAACCGCGGGUAACACUGUUUGGACAUCUGGUAACAGAAGGUUACACCGCGUCGUUUCCAUCCUGUCGGGUUUCCUGUUAUGCCUUGCCGUGCUCAGGCUAAGACGCGCAGGUUUAUUAUACAUGGUCAUCGGCUGGGGAAAGCGCACCUUUGUUCAUUUUUUUCUGACAUGAAUGGAGCACUUGGUUUCAUUGGGGUAUUCCUCUCCUUUCUCUCCGACACCACUUAUGGAGAGUCUACCUUGCCAUUUGCUUGUGGCAAUAAUUCUCACCGGUGCACGGAGAUUUGCAACUUCUGUAGUGAAAUGUACGGGGCUCCAACAAUGGAUUGUCUUUCAACGCUGCUCAGCCAUUUGUGUGUCAGCACUUUUGAGAGUUCAAUGGUGUCACUGAACAGCACCGACCGUUGCAUUUGGGGGAAUGUGAGAGGUUUGUAUAGCAACUUAAGCCUUUGCACAGAGGAGAUGUCCGACUGUCUCCUGAUCCCGUGGCCCAACCCUCUGGUGGAGGACACCUUUGUGGACAUUCACUCGCGGUUUUUCAAGGAUUGUCCCACAGAGGAGCACGGCGACCCGCCGCCAGUCGUCAUGUUUGCCCUGGUGAUGACUCCCAUCUGUCUGAUCCCUGUCAUGGUCAGCCUUGUGGUGCUCAAGACUAUGAAUGGUGACGACAGCUGAUAAUCUUAAAUCUCUGCAUACGAAAAAUCACGUUUUGGACCUACGCUCCCCCCUUUUCUCCCGACCUAAGGACCGCUUGUUUCCACAUAGACCACUGCUGCUCUUUUAUCUCACCUGAGACAUGGCCGAGGAGUGACAAGUUUAUCUGCUCUUCACAACUCAGAGGAAAUUCUGAAAUAUGUCCAAUAGAGAAAGCCAAUCGAUGGACAGUUCCGACUCAGAGUUAAUGUCAUAUUCUGUGACUUCAAAAAUGACAAAACUCCCUGGUGUCAACAGAAGCUCGCUGUGACAAUAACCAAUGUUAUUAUUAAUUCAUGGACUGUACUGUGUCUCAUUAACACUUUGAAAGAAGAGGCAACGACGAAAGAUUUUUUUUUUUCCGACCACCCGACCGGAAAUCUGAACACUGAUGGUUUUGGUUACAUCCAAACUGGAUGCACAUGUUCUGAAACAGCUCAAUUUAAAAUGGAGAACAUGAUUUUUCAGGUUUACUGUGACAAAAGCUCGAGAGCUUGCGAAAUUAGAAGGCAAAUUAUAUUUGCGGUGACUCAUCAUGUUGGAUGCCAGUUUUGAAGAUAUAUGGAUAUAUAUAUAUAUAUAUUUUAUUACUGAACUUCUGAACUCUUCAAACUUAACUCUGCUUUGAGCCACUAAUGAGACAAUGUACCAGUCAAUUCAAGUCCGAACUGAAUACAGGUGUGUGUUCAUGUUUGAUGAAUGGAGAAGGCUCUUCUCUAUGCACACAGGGAGGACAGGGAAAAUAGUCUGAUGCAUGGAAGUGGUUAUGUGAGUCAGAGCAUAUGGAAGGCUUGGGGUCAGAGGUUACAGAUGGGACACAAUGAAUGGGUACGCCCACAAAGGGAAGAUCUUUUUCCUUGUAUUGUCAAUUUUUUUGAACAGUAUGAAAUCCUGAAGCACUUUUCCACGAACAAACAGCGACAAUCUUCAAUGAUGAUGAGCUAGAUUAAAUAGUUUAUAUAACGUCUCCAUUCCGACUCAGACAAAAGACAUGUUUAGUUUGUCUGCGCAGGCCUAGUGAUAAACACUGAGUGAUGACCAAAAGAUAAACGUGUUUUAUUUUGCCUUAAUCUUGAGAAUGUGGGUACGAGUAUUGUGACGACGACAAAGCCAUUGUACUGUAAGCGCUGUAAACAAAAUUUGUAUUUAUAUGCUGUGUUAUUUUCUCUGCUAUUGUCAGGACUUACUGUACCGUCUGAGAGAACACAUCCCCGCCUGCUCUCACACCAUGUACUGUAUGUACUUUUAAAAUAUUUUAAACAAUUAAAUCUACAGUUAUAA